AUGGAGUUACUUGCUUCCAUCAAAACUACAACAGAUCCAUUUACAGUUGUCAAGACAUUUGUUGAAACUGUCAAGGAAGACCUCAGACAAAUAUCUAAAACAAAGCCAGAAUCUGCUGAUACAGAAAAAAAGAAAUAUACUACUAAUUUAUUAAUACAUAUGUUCAAGUCACUUCGUGCCAAAGAUAUCAAACGCAGAGCUAACAUGGCUUUUGCACUCAGUGAGCUUAUUAAAGGACUCAAAGGCUUAAAUCCAACUGAGAUUUACGAAUUAACGAAGAGCACACUUGAAAUGGGCACAGAAACAGUUGAUCUUCGUUAUAACAUGGUUGCCAUCUUCAUGGCUUGGACAGCAAUCUCACGUGGAGGACUUUUCAAAGGACAAAAAGAAAUCAUCAUUGCUAUCAUACGUAACAUUCAUGGUUAUUCGAAUGAUUGCAUGUCUCUCCGUGCAUUAGGCUACCAAACUCUUUACGCAAUCAUGAUUUCAAACUUUGAUACCACAGAAGAUUUCGAAAAAUACGCAUACAAAGAGAUCGUUGCAGAGCUUGGCUCAGUUGUUAUCCCACCACACUAUGAUUCUCUCGAAUUUUGGUACAAGAUUUGCAAAUACUACAAAUCAUUGCCUUUGAGCAACAAACCAUGGGUUAAAUCACCAACAGGCUCAAAGAUCCUUCAGUCCUUCGCUUCAAUCUACGAGUCAUCUGUUCGCCAAUUGCCAAAUAUUCCAACAUUGUACAAUUUCCUUGCAGAAAACAACGCCAUGCAGCUUGUAACCAACACAAUCAACAAAUUUACAGAUACCCCAAUGGUCAGCUUAAUGGCCUUAACAGCUGUUUGCCAAAGUCCUUCAUUAGAUGUAAAUACAUAUCUCCAAAUCUUCGAAAGGCACGAAGAAUCCAUCCGUGCUCUUGCCCAGUCCAAGCACGGCGCAGUUCUUGUCCAAGCAGCCGUUGACGCCGCAAACAGAUUCAACAAAUCUACAAAAGGCAAAGUUCCAAGGAUCUCUGCUGCCCUUGUCUCAACCCUCCAUUCCAAGCAGGUCUCGCAGUUCCUUGCCCAGCUCUCAGACGAAACCACACAAGAAGUUAUUUCGUUAAUUGGUCAGAAGCCUGAGAAGACACAAACAAAGGAUGAAAGCGACGAUGAAGAGAAGGAAGAGAAAUCCGAAGAAAAACCAGUUGACAAGCCAUUCCACGCUUACGUUGAGUUACUUUGGGGCCAAAUUCGCCGCGAAACGUUAAAGGACACAAAUAUCAUCAAAGACCUUUAUUCUAAGAUCCUUUCCAAGAUCAAUGAAGACAAGGAGCAUUUGUCUAAAGCGGAACUCGAAGAAGAGAAAGAAAUUCUUCAAGAAAGAAUUUCAUCGGAAGAAUCCGAAAUUUUCGAGUUGUUCCAACACAUUGUUGAUAAAUUCACUGCAGAAGGCGAAUCCUGGCUUACUCUUCUUUCCGGAACAGAGUCCAUCUCUUUCAAGCUCAUCAAGGACGAGAAGACAACAGUUUCCAAUGCAAAUCUCCUUCUCAAGGCAUCGAUCAAACUCCACAAAGAUGUUUCGAAAGAACACGAAGAAGAAAUUGAAGAAAUUUCUGACAUCGAGAGUUUAUCGAAAGUUUCUUUGAAGUUGAUCAAAGAGAAUUGCGAGUUCUGCAAGACAUUGGGACGCCACAUCAUCUCCUCCGCUUUCGAGUACAUCAAACAAGAGCAAUUCGAUUUUUUCACAUUCGAUCCUUACGUUGUAAUCAGAGCUUCUGUAACAAAGAAAUUCUGUUCAUCAGCAAUUCCUAAAUUGAUUACAAUGAAGAAUUUGCCGAGAUCGAUCAUGAACUACACUUCCAAGCUGAGGAUCGAUGCAGAUGAGGAUUCGGCCAUGGAGAUCUUGAAGUCUAUAAUGAUUCACGCUCCUUCUGACAAUAAUUACAUCGAAAACAUUUUCACAAAUUUGGUGUCAAAAUUGUCAGAUGAAAAAAUGUCACUUUUCGCCAAAGAAAUGUUGAAAUUCAACAUUGACCAUAUUGGAAGCAAUUCAAGUGAUUUCACUGUUGCAUUCCUCAAGAACGGUCUUAAAUCUGCUGAGUGCUUGCUCGACGCAAUAAUCGAACAAGCGAAACCAGAAGAAGACAAAAAUGGAGUUCAGACAAGAUACAGAACAUGGUUAAACGAAGCAGCAACGAGACAGAACUUGGAUGCAGACAAAAUAACUGUUGCAUUGAACAAGAUUGUUUCUUUCCCUGAAGGAGAUUCAAGAGCAAACAGAAGCAAACAAGAAGAUGCUUUAGUUUUCUUGGCUGCUUUCUUGUUCCAACAAAAGAGAUUCAUCAAAAUUGGUGAUUUGUUGGAGAAAGUUAAGAAACUUGAUAACUCUCAGUCAAAGAAAGUUAAGAAGCUUGUAGAUGAAAUAGUUCAGUCUCAAGUUGAAAGAACAGAAGAAGCUGAAGAAGAAAAACAAAAUUAA